AUGUCAAUACAUACUAAAAAACUCACAAGAAAGAAAUUUUCUAUUUAUCAAGCGUCAUCAGAAAUACCUUCAUCCAUCAAAGUUACUACAUUAAAUAUUAUCGAUGAUCUUGAAGCAAAAUAUAAUCCAUUAUCUAUUGAUCCUAAUAAAAGUAAAAUUAAUAUCAAUUCGAUAACAAUUAUUCUAGCUAGUGGUCAAUUAUUAUUAACUGGUUUUGAAGAAAAAUAUCUAAUAGAUGUUAUAUUAAAAACAUUAACUAAAGAUAUUGAAACAAUUCUACAAGAAAAAAUUUAA